AUGAAUACAACACUUGACCCAUUAAACUUCACCGAAGUCUUCAAGCUGAUGGUUUUAAAAAAUCGAACCUACAACUGGAGUUCAGCUCUAAACACGGCUUCGAGUAUCUCAAACCGAGAAUCAGUCAUCAUCGCAUUCUAUAGCCUCAUAAUUAUUAUCAGCAUCUUUGGAAAUCUAUUGGUAUGCAACAUUGUGGCCCGAAAUGCCAGAAUGAGAAGCUCAACUUACAUUUUUAUAGCGAAUUUAGCUCUCUCUGACUUCAUGAUGACUGUACUCAACAUACCGUUUAACGUCGCAAGGAUCCUUCUCAAUGAUUGGCCAUUUGGAAGCUUUAUGUGUUCCUUUGUACCGUUGGUGCAAGUCACGUCUGUGUAUGUCUCCACUUUCACAAUGACCUGCAUAGCGGUUGAUAGAUACAGAAUCAUCAGCAAACCUUUGGAGCCAAGACUAAGAAGAACUCAGGCCCUAAAAAUUAUAUUAUGCGUAUGGAUCUUGGCUAUUCUAUUAUCCUUACCACACGCUGUUUUCAAUAAAGUUGAGUCAGUCUUUACCUACAGACGUCUGGUUCGAUGCCGAACAGCUUAUCCUGUCAAUUUGAGCCGAUGGAUCACACUUGUUGCCGUAGCCACACAGUAUAUCUUACCUCUUACUAUCACGGGAGUUCUCUAUUAUCUGAUCAUUGUUCAAGUUUGGUCUAGAAAUUCCUUAGGCGUUGUAACGGAAGGACAGCGAGUCAGUCAGGCAAAAGCUAAGAAAAAGACAAUUAAAAUGCUUGUGGUGGUGGUGAUAUUGUUCGCUCUCUGCUGGUUGCCGCUGAAUACAUUCAAUCUCCUCCGAGAAUUCAACCCAGAAACCUUUCUGCCCAAAUCAGUCACUCAUUCUACAGUCUUCUUUGUCUGUCACUGGCUUGCAAUGAGCUCUGUUUGCUACAACCCAUUCAUAUAUUGUUGGCUCAACGACCGCUUCAGAGCUGGUGCACUGAACUGCUUGCUGUGCAUGACAAACGCAGGUCGUCAAUUGAACAGCUUCAAGUCAACCAAGGUUUUCAGACCUAACAGUGCUCCAAACACUCUUUCAGUUGAACUCGGAUCUGAUUCUAAUCAAGAUUCACCUAAUGAUAGCUGCUGUUCAAAUGCAACUCAGAUCACAAAUAAAAAAUCUAAUUUUGGAAAAUCGAAAUCACGCCAUUCUUAUGAGUUCGACAUUCCGCUGAAGUCACUUUCGACCAAAGCAACACAAGCAUCUUUACAGAAAAGUGCAGAUUCUUCAAGAAACAGUUUUAAAGUGUCAACAACGGUCGUUAAUGAAUCAUUUAUGGAUGCUGAUGGUAAUGAUAGUUUACAGAUGUCUUAA